CCUGCUCCUCCUCUCUUACCUCCUGCUCCUCCUCUUCCUCCUGUUUCUCUUCCCUCUUCUCCUCCGGUUUUCAGUUGAAGUUCAAGGAAGAUAUUAGAUGUGUAAACGAUUGGCUGGUUCAGGUUCCAUACUAUGCUGUGCGACAGGUCUCCUGUUGACUUGGAAGUGCGCCGACAAUCGUCUCCCUACGCUGUUCACUCCGUCGUCCCUCCUUCCUGCCUGGCCUCAUUCAGUAACCUCUCUACCAGCUUGGCUUGUUGUGUUGUCGGGGGUAACGCUGUUGCCGGGGACGAUGUCUGAGCACAUGCAGCUGUCCUUAGCUCUGUGUAGGAUCGGCUUCUAUACGUGUUUCCGGGCACUGUGCUGUAAAGGACCUCCCCCGUCCAGACCAGAGUAUGAUGUGGUGUGUAUCGGACUGACCGGGGCCGGCAAGAGCAGCCUACUGGCGUGGCUGUGUAAUGAGGGGAGCCACGGCAUCGGUCCUACCACAGGCUUUAGCAUCAAAGCAGUACCGUUCCCAAACGCCAUCUUGAAUGUAAAGGAACUCGGAGGAGCGGAGAACAUUAAGAAGUACUGGUCUCGGUACUACCAGGGUUCUCAGGGUGUGGUAUUCGUAUUGGACAGCGCUUCUUCAGACGAGGAGUUGGAGUCGGCCCGUAACGAGCUCCACUCUGCCCUGCAGCACCCCCAGCUCUGCACCCUACCCUUCCUCAUACUGGCCAACCACCAGGACAAACCUGCUGCACGCCCACCCAACCAGAUAAAGAAAUACUUCGAGCUGGAGCCUUUAGCCAGGGGGAAGCGUUGGAUCCUGGAGGGCAGUACGACAAACAACAUGGUGGCCGUGAAGGAGAACUUUAUCCAGCUAAUCAGACUACUGGAGGACACGGACACGGGGCUACCUGCAAGGAUAUGAUGCUAAUGCUACAUUAGACACAGGGCUACCCGCAAGGAUAUGAUGCUAAUGCUACCUUAGACACAUGGCUACCCACAAGGAUAUGAUGCUAAUGCUACAUUAGACACAGGGGUAUCCGCAAGGAUAUGAUGCUAAUGCUACAUUAGAAGCAGGGCUACCCGCAAGGAUAUGAUGCUAAUGCUACAUUAGACACAGGGCUACCCGCAAGGAUAUGAUGCUAAUGCUACAUUAGAAACAGGGCUACCCGCAAGGAUAUGAUGCUAAUGCUACAUUAGACACAGGGCUACCCGCAAGGAUAUGAUGCUAAUGCUACAUUAGCAUCUUAUAGCAAAGGACAUCAUAGCUUACAAUUCUACUGAGAACGUUUUUGUAAUGUUACCCAUAAUGUUCCCAUGAUGUUUGAAUGUCCAGUUUUCCGUUAGUUAGGGGAACAUUCUAUGUUAGCAAAGAAAAACUUCUGAGAACCUUUUUUAGCAUGGUGUUAAAGUUAGGAGAAUAUUCCCUUAAUGUCAAGCAGAACUUAUCUAGAACGUGGUUACAACGUUCUCAGAAUAUAGAACAUGAAUGUUCUAGACACGUUUUGUAGGACGUUGCAAGAAUAUUCCCGUGUACAGUUUUCUGAGGGUUAGGAAACUUGUUUCUACACCUGCAUUGCUUGCUGUUUGGGGUUUUAGUCUGGGUUUCUGUACAGCACUUUGAGAUAUCAGCUGAUGUACGAAGGGCUAUAUAAAUAAAUGUGAUUUGAUUUGAUUUGAUUUAGGAGAACAUUCAUGCAACGUUCCCAUGAAACUUGUCUAGAACAUUUAUAAUCUUAAGUUCUGAGAACAUGGUAAUCAUGUUCUGGGUAAGGUCUACUUGACUUUAAGGGAAUGGUCUCUUGGAAACAUUCCUUGCGCAUCACGGGAACAUUCCUAUGAAAAUGUUAGUUUAUGAACAAAUGAGACUCUAAAGGGAACAUUCUCUAAAGUUGUGGGAACAUUUGAUGUUAGCUGGCAUGGCGAUAAUGAUACUAAUAUUGAUGCUACGUUAGCACGUUGAGUCAAAGGAUGGUAUGACGUUAAUGCUAAUGUUAGCUCGUUGAGUCGAAAGAUAAUAUGAUGUUAAUGCUAACACUAGCAUGUUGAGUCAAAAGAUGGUAUGAUGUUAAUGCUAAUGUUAGCAUGUUGAGUCAAAGGAUGGUAUGACGUUAAUGCUAACAUUAGCAUGUUGAGUCAAAGGAUGGUAUGACGUUAAUGCUAACGUUAGCAUGUUGAGUCGAAGGAUGGUAUGACGUUAAUGCUAAUGUGAGCGUGUUGAGUCAAAGGAUGGUAUGACGUUAAUGUUAGCAUGUGAGUGAAAGGACAACCACAGCAAGACCUGCCAGUGUUCACAGUCACACAUUAACAUGGUGAAACGUCUUUGCGUUCAUGUAGUUGAUUUUGGAGUUGUGUUUUGUUCUCACAGACUCUUGUCUCGCCCAGUUUUGGAAGCGGGAUUAAGUCAAUGGAAGCAGCGCAGCACAGAACAGCAAAUUCAUCUGUAAACAUUCAACAGAACAGCUACACAACACAUCCUCCUUUCCAAAACAAACUCAGUUCCAUUCAACCUAUCAACUGAUGCAGUUGUUUUGUUCGUAAUGAAGGAAACUCCUUCAGCUUUCUCAGUAAUGGAAGCUGUUUGUUUACCACUAUGUGUGCCAUGUCAAUGAAACCCCCGCGGCGCCAUUCACAGCGUACGGCAUUCCUCAAGUCGUCAUCAUGAACACACUGCAGUGACUGCAGCUCAUCUGUAAAUAUGUUUAACAUUUGGGAUAAUUGCUUUUACCGUCCAUCUGAGCAGCACAUAUGCCUGAAAUUAGCCAGAAAAGUGGCCUAGUUUUUCAGUCCUGAUAACUAACAAUGUUCUGGGAUUCAAGGAAUGAGGUCUGAAGCCUUCUGUUGUGUGUUAACAUACUGUAGUUACAGAGAAGUGGGUAGUUAAAACCACAGCAAGACAGGUAGACAGGCAGAUAGACAACAUCCCCCUUUGAGUCUUAAUGUCCCUAGGAAGGUCCCAUUCGAGUCUCUAGGUCUAUAAUAUGAUAUUCUUCUGCAGAAUAAUCUGUAUGGCAAGACAGAAGUACUAUAGAAUAUGGGAUGAAGGGGUUAGGGGUCGUGUGGGAUGGGGUGGAAUGCUAAUAUCAAUCGCCGUCGGCAACAGCUGCGUCUGACACGGUUUUGUCCUGCCUGCCAACCUAAUGCCUUCCAACUGUCUGUCUGUGAAGACCCCCCUGUCUAACACCCUAGGACCCCCCAACACAUCUCGAACCCCCCAACACACCCCCACCACAU